CGAUUCCUUGAAAAGAUUCGACACAGUUGAACAAUUCUUUCGCGAGAUAUCGCUACAUCCCUCUGUCAUUUACACACGGAUCUGUGGCGAGAGGUCAUUUAUCAAUCGAUCGCAAUAUGUGUCAGUUCAGCAGGCUAACAACAUGAAUCAAACCACCGCGAUACAUAUUUCCUUUGUAAGCGCUUUCGUCAAAUAAGAUCUUUGAAUUAAGACUUCUUGGAUCGGUUGGACAUUUUUAACGAUGGCGCCACAUCCGGUGGUUCAGGCAGUUAUAGACCUCUCUGCUGGCGCUAUAGGGGGUGCAGCUUGUGUAUUUAGUGGUCAACCUUUGGACACGGCGAAGGUGAAAAUGCAGACGUUUCCCACAUUGUACAGAGGUUUUGUGGACUGCUUCGUGUCCACAUACAGACAGGUGGGCCUUCGAGGCUUGUAUCAAGGCACCACACCGGCCCUCAUGGCCAACAUCGCAGAGAACUCUGUGCUCUUCAUGUGCUACGGCUUUUGCCAGGAGGUGGUUCGCUUUGUCUCUGGACAGGGGAAAGGGGCUGAGCUGAGUGAUAUGCAGAAAGCGUGCGCGGGCUCUGUGGCCUCUGUGUUCUCCUCUCUGGUCUUGUGUCCCACUGAGCUGGUGAAGUGUCGACUGCAGGCAAUGCAUGAGAUGGCAUCCUCCGGCAAGAUCACCCAAAGCCAGAACACAGUUUGGUCGGUGAUGAAGUCCAUUAUGCAUAAUGAUGGUCCUGCAGGUUUCUUCCAGGGUUUGACCACAACCAUUGCCCGUGAGGUGCCUGGGUAUUUCUGUUUUUUUGGAGCGUACGAGCUUUGCCGCUCUCUCUUUGCCGACUACAUGCACUGUGGCAAGGAUGACAUAGGUGUCGCACCCAUCGUGUUCAGUGGAGGUUUUGGUGGAGCUUGUCUCUGGCUGGUGGUUUACCCAAUGGACUGUGUUAAAUCCAGGAUACAGGUCAUGUCGAUGACAGGCAGACAAUCAGGCUUCUUCAAGACUUUCAUGCAUAUCUUCAGAACCGAAGGUGUAAGAGCUCUAUAUUCUGGUCUGACUCCCACUAUGAUUCGGACAUUUCCAGCAAACGGUGCACUGUUCUUAGGUUAUGAAGCCAGUCGGAAAGUCAUGAUGGCACAGUUUGACAGCUGACCUUCCAGUCUCGUUUAUUAGCAUUAAACAGUUUUGUAUUUACUGUGCCAUGGUUUGUGCGCACACUAACAGUCAGUUUUAUAACAAGGCUUUAUUUAUUUUAACGCUUUAAAAUAAGAUUCAAUUGAAUUAACACAUCAAAUAUAUCAUGACCUAUCAGUGAACAAUACUUUUUGAGGCAGUACAUACUCCAGGUUACUGUUACUUUAUAAAUAUUCUGUUUUUAGCCAUUGCUAAUUUGUGUUUGUUCAUAAUCCACACAACACAAAAUAUAAAAAAAAAUUCUAAAUUAGUAAAUAAUUAUACUGAACUAUAUAUAUAUAUAUAUAUAUAUAUAUAUAUAUAUAUACACAUUUAUUAGCAUUUUAAAUUGGAUAGACCUUGGCCCGAGGGUCUUAAAACUUUAUUGCACCGUAGUGUAUUCUCAGUGAUGACUGAACUUUUUGUGACACAGCAGAAGUGAUCUGUUUAUUGCACUGUUAACACUGGUCUCAUCACUCCUUCAUAUCAAUCAUUUUUAUUUGUAACCUUAUAUCUUACAAAUACUACAUUUUUAGUCUACUUAUUUAUUUUUUGCUCAUAAUUAAAAUCUCAAAGUCUUGUAAAAUAUAUUGUAGCUAUGCAGUAAAGAUAUAAAACAUCUUAGCAUUCCUGGAUUUCUGUAACUAAUGACUCCAUGUAACGUGCAGUACUCUUGUGUGCCAACAGCUUAAAUUAUGACUGCGAUUGAAAGCUUUACUGACUUGUCAGGCAGUGACUCUGUUGGCAGCAAUUGCACAUGAAGGCACCACUGAUUUCAACUCGCAUUCAUUUGUAGUGUAUACACUACCUGACAAAAGUCUUGUCGUUGAUUCCAGUUGUAAGAGCAACAAAUAAUAACUUGCCUGAACAGUGGGUAAAGUUUUCAGAAGAUUCAUCAGGAUUCAUGGUUCUCCAGGAUUGGCCAGCCCAGUCACCAGAAAUGAACAUUAUUGAGCAUGUCUGGGGUAAGAUGAAGGAGGAGGCAUUGGAGAUGAAUCCAAAGAAU